CCCGCGGCAGCGCUGAACGGCGCGGCGAGGCUCGGAGGGCGCUCAGCUCCGGGCCCUCGCCAGUCCCUGCCGGUCCUCCCAGCCCGGGCCCCAGCGGCUUCCCGCUCCACCGCCUCUGGACGUCCUGUCGGGUCCAGGCCGGGCAGGCAGGAGGGCGCCGACGUCCCCGCGGAGGCCCCCGGAGCUGCGCGCCUCCGCCGCGCUCUGCGCCGAGCCCGCUGAUGUCGGGCGCUAUCUUCGCGCCCCCGGAGGGGCCGGGCGCCCUGGAUGCCGCGAGCGGCCAUCCGCUCGUGUGCCCGCUGUGCCACGCGCAGUACGAGCGCCCGUGCCUGCUGGACUGCUUCCAUGACUUCUGCGCGGGCUGCCUGCGUGGCUGCACCGCCGACGGCCGCGUCGCCUGCCCGCUGUGCCAACACCAGACCGUGGUGAAGGGGCCGAGCGGGCUCCCGCCGGUGGACCGGCUGCUGCAGUUCCUGGUGGACAGCUCCAGGGAUGGCGUGGAGGCCGUGCACUGUGCCAACUGUGACCUGGACUGCAGCAAGCAGGACGCGGAGACCGCGUGCUUCUGCAACACGUGCGGGCAGCCCCUGUGCGCGCGCUGCCGCGACGAGACGCACCGGGCGCGCAUGUUCGCGCGCCACGACAUCGUGGCCCUGGGCCAGCGCAGCCGCGACGUGCUCCAGAAGUGCCCGCUGCACGCCGAGCCCUACCUCAUGUUCUCCACCGACAGGAAAUCGCUGCUGUGCAUCCGCUGCUUCCGGGACUUGCAGGGGGAGAGCAGAGCCCAUUGCGUGGACCUGGAGUCGGCCUACGUGCAGGGCUGUGAGCGGCUGGAGCAGGCGGUGCGGGCCGUGAAAGCCCUGCAGGCGGCCACGCGGGAGGCCAUCGCGCUGCUGCAGGCCAUGGUGGAGGAGGUGCGGCACAGCGCCGAGGAGGAGGCAGCCGCCAUCCACGCGCUCUUCGACAGCGUGCAGGAGAAACUGGCGGAGAGGAAGGCGUUGCUGCUACAGGCUGUGCAGAGCCAAUACGAGGAGAAGGACCAGGCCUUCAAGGAGCAGCUCUCCCACUUGGCCACCCUCCUGCCUACCCUGCAGAUCCACCUGGUCAUCUGCUCCUCCUUCCUCAGCUUGGCCAACAAGGCUGAGUUCCUGGACCUGGGUUAUGAGCUGAUGGAGAGGCUGCAGCGCGUGGUCACGCGGCCGCACCGCCUAAGGCCGGCGCAGAGCAGCAAGAUCGCCAGCGACUACCGCGCCGAGUUCGCGCGCUGCCUGGAGCCGCUGCUGCUGCUAGGGCCGCGCAGAGCCGCGGGCGCGCAGGGUGGCGCCAAUACCCACACCCGCUGUCUCUCCAGGCUGGCAGGGGGCUCAGGCCCCAAGGUGCUCAUGGGACCCAGCUGCCCCUCCCCAGUGAGAAAGGUGUCCCGGUCACCAGUCCAAAAGCCCACGCUGCACCGGUCCAUAAGCACCAAGGUGCUGCUGGCCGACGGUGAGGACACGCCCUUCGCGGAGCACUGCCGCCACUACGAGGACUCCUACCGGGGUCUGCAGGCAGAGGUGCAGAACCUGAAGGACCAGGUACAGGAGCUGCACCGCGACCUCACCAAGCACCACUCGCUCAUCAGAGCCGAGAUCAUGGCCGACAUCCUGCACAGGUCCCUGCGGCUGGACGCACAGAUAGACUCGGAGUACGCCUCCGUGGAGGCCAUGAGAGCGGUCUUCCAGGAGAUCUGGGAGGAAUCCUACCAGCGGCUGGCCGGCGAGCAGGAGAUCUAUGAAGCGCAGCUGCGUGACCUCUUCCAGCUGAAGCAGGAGAAUGCCCACCUGACCACCAUCACCAAGCACAUCACGCCCUACGUCCGCUCCAUCGCCAAGGUGAAGGAGCGGCUGGAGCCCAGGUUUCAGGCAUCUGAAGAGCCAGAAUAUCCACAAGCUGCGUACGACGCCAGCAGGAACGGGGAGGCCCCGGCCAGCUUGCUGCUGCCCGGCUCCGUGGCCUCGGCUGAGCCUCCGUGCGUGAACUAGAUCAGCAGGGCUCUUGGCUGAAGACCCCAGGUGCGACCGGACAGACGGGACCGUCUCUGGAUUCUGAAGCAGCGGCCGCUGCCUGAACUCACUUCCUCGUGGGGGGCUGCGUCUCCAUCACGUCCCUCCGUUCCCUCCCGCGAGAAAAAGUGGCUGAGGCCCAGUUCUUGGGCGUGUGCUGCCGUCCACCGGAGCCAGAGGCUCCCAAACACUUGCCGGGGAAGGGGAGGAACAGCCGUGUCACUGUCGUAGGCUCAUCUUUCAGCGUUUCACUCCACGCCAUGUGUUAGCCGCGGGAGUCAGCACGGCAGGUGGCGCAGAGCCCAGCCCCGCCCUCCCCUCCACAGGCUUCUGCAGGGCCUCGGUUCUGAGCUCAGCCACCAGAACAGCCACACCUCCACAGGCCUCCGCGGCAGCCUCGUUACAAACCUGGUCCGGGUAUGAGCUUGGACUUGGCUGGUCAGGUGCCGCAGGGGCCUCUGCGUUCCCCACCUCGCAGCUUCCCGCCCACACAGCCACACCGUGGUUCCCAGCCACAUCAGGGACAGGUUUAUUUCUUUAUUAAGGAUCAGAAAUAAUCAGUAUCUGUGAAAGAAAAGCCAAUUCAAAAAACUCAAUAAACACACCUGCAUGUAAGAUAAUCACUCCCUGAAGGUGCUCAGCUGCCUGCCCCAGGGGCUCCCAAACCCAGCCUUGCACAGCGGGGCCACCGAGCUUCCCACGUGGCCAACCGCUGUGCGAGCAAACCACAGCCGGACAGCAGCAAG